GAGCAGGUUGAGGUAUGUGAGCGCUUUCGAGUGAAAGUAAACAGGAAAUGUUUGUCCAUGUACUCUACAUAUGACUGACAAGCAAGAACUAUGAGUACUCCUGGGCUUGAGAAUCGUGGCCUUUCAGUUGGAAUGACAGCAACGGCACUCUGAAUGUGUCACAAAGGUGUCAGCUGAGGUGCACAGAGCAGAGGGGUGUAUGAAAGAGGAGAGCGAGCAGGAAGAAAUGAAUUUCAACAACACGACUCCUCAUAUUUCACCCUCAAACCCCAAGCCUGGAUUUCUUGGUUACUAUGCACUCAUCCCCUUUGUACUCCUCACCCUGAUUGGAUGUGUAGUGGCAAUGGUUUUAUAUAUCAGGAGGAGAUCAAGAUUAGAUGAGUUACGUCACAGGCUGAUCCCUCUGUACAGCUACGACCCCGCAGAGCAACAAGAAGAGUGGGGGGACACAGACAGGGAGGAAAACGAUGAGGAACUGGCUGAACCUUUGUACAAGAAGGGAAAGCUUUCCUUUUCAUCUGAGUAUGGAAAAUGAGCAGAGAAAUCAAGAAAUAAUAUAUUUUGCGUAGCAGAUGUUACAGACUGGCCUGCUUCAUGAGGUUUAAAACAACAUCUGGGUGACAUUCAACAGCUGCAAGCACCACAUCAAAUCAGUUUCUUCCUGACAUACUCUGCGUAGAACACCAGGUGGCACUAUAACCCUGUCUUCAGCCUCAGCUGAGAAAUAAUCUUUUUUUUUUUAAGGUGUGUGUUUAAAGUGUUUUGAAGAAUCGGGUGUUAUUUUUGUGCAAUAAACUAAAAGCUAAAAUCCAAUUUAGAGACUAUUUGUUUUGUGUGUGUGUGAAGGAUUUAUGAAUUCAGCACAAAGAGGUUCAAAGACACACCUGUUUCUGUUUGGCAAUCAGAGGGUUUUCUAGUGUCUGGAGGCUCUUCAGGUUGACACAUCUUCACAUGCUCUGAAGGG